AUGGUUGGUGGAAAGUUUGAAGUUGAGUUGGUGCAGCUGAAGUAUUUUGUUGCUGUCAUAACCUCACAUGCGGUAGGGAGGCCGCAGGUGCGAUGCUCGCAGAAGCGGAAGGCAGCCGCAGAUGCAGCCAAGAAGAAGAUCAUCAGGAACCACAGAAGUGGUGAAGUGGGCGCACCUACAGUAGCACAUGUGAUUAGGCUGCAGAAGCGAGAAAAGGACCGCAGGUGCGGAAAGUCUGGGUCAGAAAAUCCAAGUGUUUUCUCGUUAGUAGAUAUGCAGGCCGUUGCUGUGGAGACUCAAGAAAUCGAGUCAUCUGAGCCUUUGGAGGAGUCAAUGGAAGAGGAACAAGCUGCUUACAUUCUUGGAUUUGUCGUGCCAGAGAAAAAAAAUUACAUUCCUUAUAUAAAGGCCGAGAACAAAGGGUUUAUUUACUGCGAUAUGAAACCGAGUAAUGUACUUGUUUUUCUUAUUAUUGAUCACGAAUAUGAUAGUAUUGUGGAUGUGUGCCUCAAGUUGGCCGAUUUUGGACUGUCUUUGAGAGUGGUAGAAAACGAAACACAUACAUAUUGGGAUAGAGGCUCAAAGAAGUGUUGUUAUAAUAGAGGGGCUCUACUUUAUGCGUCCCCAGAAUCUACAGCUUGUAAGAUUCAUGGUAAAGCUGUUGAUAUUUGGGCAAUUGGUUGCAUAGUUGUAGAAAUGAUCACAGGGAGGCGGUUAUCGUCAUGUUGUGAAGGUAUUGAUGAUUUGGACUUUAAGAUUACACAUGAAGAACCUGUGAUUUCGAGUAACGUUUCUAAUAUAUGCAAAGACUUUCUGGCCAAGUGUUUUGAAAUGGAUCAUAGUUGGAGAUGGACUGCAGAUAUGCUACUCAGUCAGCCAUUCAUCAAGAGUGGUACGUUUAGUAAAUAUCAUCCAGAAGAUCAUGGGCUGAUCACUAAUAAGGUUAUUCUUAACCCUUUUAGUCAUGGCCGCAGAAGUUGGGUUUCUAAGCAGCACUGGUAUUCAACGUGCUUUCAUGUGCCUUCAAGUGAUAACCUCAGACCGGGAUAUGCUAUUUUUCCAGCAGAGAAGGCACAAUUUAGUCAGCUAGCAUGCAACUGA